CGGGCAGCCGGCGAUGGAGACGGGACGUGUUCCCUGAGCUCCCGGGAACUUUCCCCGCCGUGGGCAGCCGGAGCCGAGCAGGCGGAUGGAGGAUGCGCUUUCCCCGGCGGGCUGCGUGAGCCGGCGGCGGCGAAGGGGAGGAUGAAGAAGAAGCAGCAGCACGGCGGCGGGGACUGCCCGGCGCCCCGGCCCCCCGCGGCGGCGGGAGGGGGCCCGGGCCAGGGCGGGGGCUGGAAGAGGCGGCGGCCCCUCUCGCUGCUGCCCUUCCUUUCGCUGCGCGACUACGGCUUCUGCAUGGCCGCCCUGCUGCUCUUCUGCCUGGGCUCCCUCUUCUACCAGCUCAACGGGGGCCCCCCGCACUUUCUGUUGGACCUGCGGCACUAUCUGGGAAAUUCCACUUAUUUGGAUGACCAUGGACCACCCCCUCAAAAGGUACUCCCUUUCCCCAGCCAGGUGGUCUACAACAGAGUUGGAAAGUGUGGGAGUCGAACUGUGGUUUUGCUUUUGAGAAUUUUGUCAGAGAAACAUGGAUUCAAUCUGGUUACAUCUGACAUCCAUAACAAAACAAGACUGACUAAAAAUGAACAGAUGGAAUUGAUUAAAAACAUAAGCACUGCUGAGCAGCCCUAUUUAUUCACUAGACACGUUCAUUUCCUCAACUUCUCAAGGUUUGGAGGUGACCAGCCCGUGUACAUCAAUAUUAUUAGAGAUCCUGUCAAUCGAUUUUUAUCCAAUUAUUUUUUUCGACGUUUCGGAGACUGGAGAGGAGAACAGAAUCACAUGAUCCGUACCCCAAGCAUGAGGCAAGAGGAAAGAUAUCUGGACAUUAAUGUAUGUAUCCUUGAAAACUACCCUGAAUGUUCAAAUCCCAGGUUAUUUUACAUCAUACCAUAUUUCUGUGGACAGCAUCCAAGAUGCAGGGAGCCUGGUGAAUGGGCCCUUGAAAGAGCAAAGCUGAAUGUUAAUGAAAAUUUUCUGCUUGUGGGCAUUCUGGAGGAGCUGGAGGAUGUGCUGCUUUUAUUAGAAAGAUUCUUACCUCAUUAUUUCAAGGAUGUGCUUAGCAUCUACAAAAAUCCAGAACAUAGGAAACUUGGCAAUCUGACUGUGACAGUGAAAAAGACCGUCCCAUCUCCAGAAGCAGUACAGAUCCUCUACCAACGCAUGAGAUAUGAAUAUGAGUUUUAUUACUAUGUCAAGGAACAGUUCCACCUGCUGAAGCGCAAAUUUGGAUUGAAGUCUCAUAUCAGAAAACCACAUCCCAGACCAGAGUUCUUCAUUCCUUCACCCCUGGAAACAGAGGAACCAAUCGAUGAUGAGGAACAAGAUGAUGAGAAGUGGCUAGAGGAUAUCUAUAAAAGGUGAUGGAUGGAAGAGCUAUCCUUUCUCUUCUGGUGACCCCUCCAGCUUUUUUAAGAUUAUUUUUUUUUAAUUAUUGUUAAAAGCAAUUCCUUAAGGAACUGAGUUAAUGUGCAGCAGCAUUUGAAACAGAAUGAAAGAGACCUUUUUCGCACGUGCUGGGGCCGUCAGGAGAUACCUGGUUUUGCGGGUUUGAUUCAUUAUAACAUGUUGACUCUGUAGCAUUUGUGCUAUAGCUUAAGAGAGAAGUAUCUACUGUCUAUCACAAAAUAACUUGUAGAGUACACAGUAGUCUGGGAACCUGCAAAACACAGAAGAAUAGAUGAAGUGGUCUUGAAAAGUAAAUUUUACAGACUCUUGUCUCUCUCUUUCUCCAGAAACAGGUCUUGAUUGCGUAACACUGCGGCACUAACUACCAGCAAUGUGGACUGCGGGCAGGGAGCCGUGUGGGAAGUGCCUCUUUCUGCCCAGAGCACACUGGUAUCCCAGUGGUACGGUCAGAGCCGCUGCCGUGUCUGUGCACAUCGAGGAUAACAGGCUCAGAAGGGGGCAGGAUAAUGGCUCCUGAAUUACCCAGUGUGGGAGGAGUGAGGCUGCUAUUCUGGCAAAUUAAUGUUAGUGGACGUAAGGCAAGUUACAGGAACUAGAUUGUUGUGGUAAACCCUUCUAGUUCAUAGAGUGGAAAAAGUUAUCAGGUCAGUGAAGGGCAACAACAGAUGAAAAGUGCGAGGCAGGGUUACCUAAAUGGUAGAGUUUUGUUUCUGCAGUUGAGUGCUUUUCUAUUAGACUGAAGGAAAAGGUGCAGCCUAUGGUUUUUAUGUUCAGGAAGGGUAUUGGUAGAUUUUUAUGGGUCAGAAAUCCAAAGAUACACAGAAAAAGUUACUCAUUUAAAAACAUAGACUAUCUGGAAGUCCCAUUAAGCAUGACCAGUAUUUCUGCCAUUGCAGAGUUUAGUUGGUCACUUCUCAAGCUGCAUGCAGCUGCCCCACCAGCACAAACACCAGAAGUCAGCUUUCAGCAUGGCUGGAAGUAAAACUACCAAUAUGGCAUACACAGCUUCUCUAGUUUAAAUAUUUCAGAGUGGUAAAAGGAGGUGGCAUACUCUGUGAAACCAAAGCUGAUUAAAGAUACGUUGUUGAGAGGAGCCUGGGGAAGUUUGCCUUUGUUAAUCACUACAAGUAUUAUCAGCAAACACUAGAAAGGGGAAGGGUGGAGGCUGGGAGGGGAAUAGAGGAUAGCUUCAAUAUGACAUGCAGUUGUCUUUAAGGUAGUUGUCCCCAGGGUUCCCUGUGACGUGCAGGCUUGCCAGGACUGGUAGGGCAGAAGUGACAGACCUGCAGGCAGCAAUGGGCAGAACUAUUUGGCUGUCUGUUCUGUAGCAGAAUAGGGGGGCUUGGGGGUCAUGAUGAGGCCCUGUCCUCUUGUGCACCAUUUUUGCCGGAUGAAGAUGGAUUAGUAGGGGAUAAUAGCAAUAAAUUCCUGUCCCGAAGCGCAGGAAGGAAGCAGAGCUGAGGAGCUGCAGCCCCUUGGCAGGAUGAGCCUCAGUAACACUCCAGGGGCAAUGCACCACUGUCUAAAUUACAGUCUUUUUUAAACAUCUACCUAUUCUGCAGCUGCCUCAGCAGUGUGUUUGCCAUCUGCAAGGUCCUACUUUGGUUUGAAAUAAUAAGCAAAAGUUAUUUUGUGAUGGACGAGGCAUAUAAACUCGGGCUAAGCUCGAAUGUGCUUUUUAAGGGUUUCCUCUUCCAUGAGCCUGCUGAGAGCAAAUAGACAUUAUGGCCCAUCUUCAUCACCAGUCAGUCUUUACUGUACCUACAGGCAGAGAACGAAAAUAAAGAAGUGUAAUCGUGUUAAAGACAAGAUGCUAACUUACAGAAAACAUUAUGUAGAAGAUUCUGUUCUCAUUAUUAACAUCCCAGGUUGAUGGUAGCAAUACACGACCGUGGGGUAACACAUUAAAGGAAACUGAAAAUGGCACAGAUAACAACUAACAUAUUAGCUAAAAUAUGAAUCUGCUGCAUUGUAUAUUUUAAGUGGUUUCUAUGAAAUUACAUUGAAAGAGUAAUGAUUAGUUUACACACAGUGGAGCUGUUAUAUUUUGGAAAGAAAACUAAUAUUCACACCUUUCAGAAAAUCUGUUUUAAUCCUUUUUGCCAACAUUGUAACAGAAUAAUCAGUCACUUAACACUUCCACCCUUCCUGCUAGUUCACUGCCGCUUACCGUAGAGUCUGCAUUUAUCUGUUUAUUUAAUGGUAUCGUCAGCCAUCACUACUUAGAACCUAAAUACAAAACCUCUUUACUGAUUUACUUGCUAGGUUUUAAUAUUGUUGUAUUUUUCAUAACAAUCAACCUGGCCUCUCCUUCAUGAAUGGUACUUCAUAAAUUUAUCUGGCACAUAGUGUCUGAGAUUGCCGGUCCUACAGCCUUUUUGUCUGUCAUGAAAUAUAUUUUACUUAAUUGUUAAAAGGUACGUUUUGAGCUGGUUAAUCUUUUACUUAUUUAUUAAAACUUUUCAGCACAUUCCAAAUUCUUAAGUUGCUCAGGAAGAAGUUGAUUUAAAUGAUUAUAUUUUGGUCUGAUAAAUAUUUCUUACUCAAAAAAAUCAACACUAUUUGUAAGCCUUUAGCCCACAACAGCUUUGUAGGAAGUGCCAUGCAUGUACUUGUAAAUCUUUGUGGGGGUAGAAAGGUGGGUGCUUGACAUUUAUGAAAGUAAGAAAACGUGUGUACAUUAGCUUAGCUAUAAAUUAAAGCAACCUAUGUUUUGGGAUGAAAUAUUCUUUAAAUUAUUCACUAUCAUCUCCUGAAAUAUGAAUAAGCCAUAUGACUCUCCAUAUUGCAGUCCAGUGAUGUUUGAAAAUAAAACUUGUGCAUUUCUUCCUA